AUGUUGUUUUACCUUACAACGAAAAAAUUAGCUUCUGUAUGCACAGCUGUUAAACCAUAUGCAUCUGACAAUCCCACUCCUGAACAAACUUGGGCCUUGCAGACAUGGACUGAAAAUGAUUUCUUGUGCAAUAACUAUAUUUUGAAUGGUUUAUCUGAUGAUCUUUAUGAUUAUUAUUCUUCUUAUGAUACUGCUAAAGAUUUGUGGGAUGCACUUCAGAAAAAAUAUGACACAGAAGAAGCUGGUGCAAAGAAAUUUGUUGUCAGUCGCUAUUUGAAGUUUCAAAUGGUGGAUGAAACAGUAGAAGCACAAUCUCAUGAACUACAGAAAAUUGCACAUGAAAUUAUUAUUGAAGGCAUGAAUCUAGAUGAACAAUUUCAGGUGACUGUUAUCAUUGACAAGCUGCCUCCCAGCUGGAAAGAUUUCAAGAAUGCUAUGCGUCACAAGACCAAAGAAUUUUCCUUGGAGAGCUUGAUCACUCGUCUACGUAUUGAGGAGGAGGCCAGGAAACAUGACAUGAAAGAAGAAGUUUUGCUCGUCUCCAACAACAAGAAAAAUCACAACUCCAACAGGAAUCAAACCCCAACUGCUCUGAAGACAAAUGGCAAGAAUAUGAAAAAUCAAAACAUGAACCGCAACAACAACAACCAGAAUCGAAAUGGGCAACACAACCAGAGUCGGAAUCCUGAACACCAUCAGAAUCGGAACCUUCAUUAG